GUGUGCUGGUGGUCUAUCCGGAGUUGUCCUCGUUGUUCAUUCAUCUACAUCGGUGCUGGGUACUGCCACCGUUGUUGGUCGGUCGUGGUGGUGGUGGUGGUGGUGACGGUGGUUAUAAGGUGGCCGUGCCUGCUCGAUUGUAGGGUUUUGCAACCGUGCUGGAAAUUAUUUAAAUAGCUCCGUGUCUCGGUCCCAUUCCAAUUGCUGGUGCUUAUCGGAGUAAAAGAAAAAGAAAAAAAGAAGGAAAUUACAAAAGGCUCUAGUGCGUUUAGUAGUGCGUGUGUGUCUGUGUGUUGGCCAGUGGAGUGGUGGAGGUGAAAUUGGGUUAGUGUAGUGUGAUGGAUGGCAGUCGAUUCAUCCUGCGGGAAACUUGAAGCAAAAAGGUCUUCCCCCAGACCGCUCGACGGUAGCAGCUGCUGGUGCUGCUGCUGGUGCCGCAGGAGUGCUAGAAGUUAGCAGACCAACGGCCUGGGCGCACAGACCAGGGCCCCGGUUGUCUGCGGUGUCAACCGUUCGGGUGGGUGUUUCGGCCGGUGUGCGUGUGUUGGUGGCGGAGCAGUGCAACGUCGUCAGUGCGUGAUUUUUCCUUCCCCGUUGGUGUUUUGCGCUUUGGCAACCGGACCAGUAUCGCGUACGGUGAUGGGGGAGGGCCCCCUGACGGGAGAUGCAACCACCCCAACGUUACAUACCGUCAGUUUCUGAUUUAUACGGUACGGACGAAAUAGAGUUCCUCCUGGACGAAAUACGGGAUCUCGAACCAGCCUGCUGUCAGCUGGAGGACAUCCAGGACUUUGAAAUAGCUGGCAGCAGAGCAGGGGAGCUUUCCAUAUCGCUCGAAUCACCGAUCGGCACGUGCACGUCCUGGGAUUCGCAUGCACAUUACCGUCAAAGGAUAGGGAACACACCGUUACCGUGGGGCGUUGCGCUGCACUGCGACGCCUCACAUCUCACCAGCCCGACCGGCAUCGUGCGGAUACUGCUGGUGGUCUCAUCCGCCGCAUGUCUUGCCUGUGAGUGUUCCGCCGGCACGGUACAGGUCGGUCUGUUUCUACUGCCAUUGAUUGGACGGUUGCGGUUGAUGGUUUUUUGUGCCCUGUUCUCCUUGUUAGUAACCUGUUUGAUGCUGUUUUUGGAUAUCUCACACAUAGCAUUGAUGUUUCCCUUCAACUGGGGAAGGUUGAAUGCAUGGAUGUACCUGACGAUUGGUUUAUUAUUUAUUGUGGGUUCAUCGUUGCUAAUACAUAUGGUAUUUUUCGCUGAAGAAUUCAUGUGGGUGCCAAAGCACUCCAAGGACACACUAUUCAUAUCAGCGAUUCUUGGAUACAUCUGCUCGAUCGAGGCGUGCGUACUGGCGGCACUGACCAAAUGUCCAUCACAGUACCGACACGUGAUCGACGAGUACAGCGACAUGUGCUUGGAGGAGCGCGAACUGAGCCCCAUCUGUAGUAACGACAUUACGAACCACAACCACACAACGGCUUCGAACGAUCUGUCGAACCAUCGCAGCUAUAAUAAAAUCGAAACGGGUGAUAGCAUUACUCCAACGUGUAACCAAAAACCUUAUAUACCAGUUAAACGUCCCGACCAAUCGUAUAAUCAGCGACCUACCCUAGGUAAUAUGCAGAAAUCUAAUCACCGCAAUCGUCAGGGUUACCACUAUCAACCAAUAGCCUCAACAUCCCGGCAAAGUCCGACGUUCGUGCUGGACGAAGAUGCACUGCCGGGUCCGUCGUCCCGUUCGCUCGACUACUCCAGUGCGUGA